CAGGGUCCGAUAAGCUUAGAAGGCGAACGCAUCACGAAUUUGGGCGCGCGAACUCUCGUUAUAACUGUCACCCGAGCUUCGCGACUUACAUAAACCUCACGCUCGCUAUUCCCGUCCUCAACUACAUCUCCCAGUGCCCCUCUUUAAGAGUACCUUGACGCCGGACGCCUUAUUUACAUUUUGAAGCUCGCUACCUAUAUACAUGUGAGCUCUCACCUGAUCGCACCAACUUCACUCUUCAUCUUUACUUCUUGUGUCCCAACCGAGACACUGACGCGAGGGAAAGACCUAGCUUAAGCACGUUAGCUUGUAAUUCCUCGCUAUAUACGGCGCAAGUUUUGGAAAAGGCCAGUAAUAGAAAGGAAGAUAAAAUGGCAUUGGUCGUCGACCAAUCUUACAACAUGUUUCCCGGGCGAGAGCAGGAUUUCAUGCUCUACCCCGAAUCUCACCACGCUAGCUACGCUUCACCACCGUUAGACAUGCACAUGAGCCCAAGCGGCUUCGGCGGCAUACCGCGAAGCGUACAAGAAGACUUCCCACCGACCUCAGGAUACGAAGUUGGCCCAACAUACUCGAACGCGCAACAUUUCAUGUACGAUAGGACAUCACCCGGCGUGUUUGCUGACGAUGGCGAGCUACCGCUGCCGGCCUCUAAUAUCUCAACCGCCUCGGCUCCUUCCGCAGCCUCUUCGACAGUUGGAUCGCCCAGCUCUAACCACGGUCAAUUGGCAUACUUUCCCGAGUACCAAGCAAAUGCGCUCGGCGUGCACCCCGGAAUUGUUGGGUCGAGUGAUUACUUGACAGGAACUGAGUACAAUGCCUUCUCUGGUUCAGGUAUGGAAGACUUCAGCAUGCCUUUUGAUAAACAAGCUGGUGGUUUUGUUGAUCCUUCCAUGAUACAUCCCGACAUCCGCGGACCUCCGAUGGCUCCACCGCUACAGGGAUACGACCAAAACAGCUUCUCCCCUCAGAAUCCUUAUCCUAACUCACCCGCCCUCUCUGGUCCUGCUUCACCCGCGCCAGCAAUGCGCAACGGAAGCCAAUCCCCUUAUAUGCACGGCUAUCAGCAGUACAGCCCCUUUCAAGCACCACCUCCCGCACCAAGGCGGCAAAGCCUUUCUUCUUACCAAUCGCACGGUUCUCACGAUUACGCGUACAACAGCGACGAGUCUGAGAAGAAGCAAAGAUGUUCUUACCCAGACUGCGGCAAGGUCUUCAAAGAUCUUAAGGCGCAUAUGCUGACCCACCAGAAUGAGCGACCUGAAAAGUGCCCCAUUCAAACAUGCGAUUACCACAUCAAGGGUUUCGCUCGUAAAUAUGACAAGAACCGACACACCUUAACUCACUACAAGGGUACUAUGGUGUGUGGCUUUUGUCCCGGGUCCGGAUCGGCGGCUGAGAAGUCGUUCAACCGAGCGGACGUCUUCAAGAGGCACCUUACAGCCGUCCACAAUGUCGAGCAGACUCCUCCUAACAGCAGGAAGAAGGCGGCCAACUCGGCGAACAGCGGCAAGAAGUUGACUGGUUACGCGCCGGAUGCCACAGGCAAGUGUUCGACAUGUUCGCAAACAUUCUCGAACGCCCAGGACUUCUACGAGCAUCUGGACGAUUGUGUGCUGCGCAUUGUCCAGCAAGAAGACCCCGCCGAGGCCAUUAACGCAAAGCGGUUGGCCGAGGUGGAGAACGACGAGGAUGUUCACCAGACCCUGGAGAAGAACGCGCUUCCCACCACCACCCAGACUGUCUCUAACUCAGACGAUGAAGAGGAUGAGGACAUGGCCGACGAGGAUGACCUCGCGGACGAAGACUUCAAGUCAAGGAAGCCAACUUCGCCAACGAAGAGGAAGGGGAACCCGCCCAACGGCGUCCAGAAGUCCAGGGGAAUGACACAUUCGCGAGGUGGCAUGCCAUUGUCGAGUAAGAGCAAGAGCCGCAAGAACCGACGCGAGUACCCUUCGUCGUGGGGAUUCGACAAGGGUCAGAUGACGAUGAAGAAGCGGGUGAUGGCCGUCUUCGACGGACCUCGCCGAUUGGCCAAGGAUGACAUGAUGCUCUCUACCGAACACGAAGUCCGCCUAAAGCUCUCCGAUGGCAAGUCCUACGUGACUGACCUCGACGUCAACACGAUGAGGCGCGCCGAAGGAUUCCUCAACGCUACCGAGGAGGAGAAAGGACUAUGGAUAUCAGACGACCCCACCGAGGAAGACAUGAAGCGCAUGUUGGAAUACAGCCGCCAGCACUAAUCCAGGCGUAUAUAUAUCACAUAAUCAUACUACUGUAUCGAUAUAGGAUAG